CUGCAGCAGGAUGUCGCCGGAGGUGACGUCACUGCUGUGACUCGGAACCGGAAGUUUGUCCGGGGUCACGGAGAGUGAAGACAGAAGACCGGAAACGGCCGAAAUGGAGAGUGAGUUUUCUGACCCAGAUUUGGUCGGUUUGGGCGAGACAGAGAAUGGAGAGAACGCCCCUGUGUACUGCGUGUGCCGCAAGCCGGACAUCAACUGUUUCAUGAUAGGAUGCGAUCACUGCAACGAAUGGUUCCAUGGCGACUGUAUCAACAUCACCGAGAAAAUGGCGAAGGCUAUCCGGGAGUGGUACUGCAUGCAGUGCCGAGAGAAACACCCCCAUCUGGAGAUCAAAUACCGGCACAAGAAAUCCAAGGACAGGGAGAGAGACCCGGAGAGAGAUGAGAACGAUGACAGUAUGAGGAGCGACCGGAGGAGGAACAGUACCAGCAGUGGCAGCAAACAGAUUAAAAGGUCUGCCCGCAUGUGUGGGGAGUGCGAAUCAUGCAGCCGUACCGAGGACUGCGGCCAGUGUGAUUUUUGCAGAGACAUGAAGAAGUUUGGGGGUCCCAACAAGAUUCGUCAAAAGUGUCGCUUACGUCAAUGUCAAGUGAGAGCAAGAAAAAUGCUCCGCGUGAAAGACGACGAACUCUCCAUGUUUAGAGACACGCCGGAACCACCCAGCCUGACCGGGUCUCUGUCUGAUGAUGAUCUUCCUCUGGAUCCAGAACUGUAUCAAGCGCUUUGCGCUGGAGGAGCCUUUGAUGAUCACAACCUGCCCUGGCUCAGUGACACAGAUGACACUCCAUUUCUCGACUCUGUCCUGAGGAAAAGAGCCGUCAAAGUCAAGCAUGUCAAGAGGCGUGAGAAGAAGUCGGACAAAAAGAAGGACGAUAAGUACAAGAGACACAAACAGAAGCAGAGACACAAGGACAAAGCCAAGCACUCCGAACGCUUUGAAAGCAGAGAUUUCUCCUCUUUGCGCCAGUGUCUAGGGCCCAACUGUGUCCAGCCCGCCAGGGCUAACUCGAAGUACUGCUCGGAUGACUGCGGCAUGAAACUGGCCGCUAACCGGAUCUAUGAGAUCCUCCCCCAGCGGAUCCAGCAGUGGCAGCAGAGUCCGUGCGUGGCUGAGGAACAAGGAAAGAAGUUACUGGAGCGGAUCCGUCGAGAGCAGCAGCAGGCCCGCACCAAACUGCAGGAAAUGGAGCGUCGCUUCCACGAGUUGGAGGCCUUGAUCGGCAAAGCCAAACAGCAGCAUAUCAGAGAGGAUGAAGAGACCAACGACGGGGACAGCGAUGACACCGACCUUCAGAUUUUCUGUGUGUCUUGUGGCCACCCAGUCAACCCCAAAGUAGCUCUGAGACACAUGGAGCGCUGCUACGCAAAGUAUGAAAGUCAGACAUCCUUUGGCUCCAUGUACCCAACCAGAAUCGAGGGUGCCACGCGUCUCUUCUGCGAUGUCUACAACCCUCACAGUAAAACUUACUGCAAGCGACUUCAGGUUCUAUGCCCCGAGCAUUCCCGAGACCCCAAGGUGCCAGCAGACGAAGUGUGCGGGUGCCCUAUAGUGAAGGACGUCUUUGACGCGACAGGGGAAUUCUGCCGGGUACCAAAGAGAAAGUGUAACCGUCACUACUGUUGGGAAAAGCUGCGCCGCGCCGAGGUUGACCUGGAGCGUGUUCGCGUGUGGUACAAACUCGAUGAACUGUUUGAACAGGAGCGUAAUGUCCGCAUGGCCAUGACCAACAGAGCGGGGCUCCUGGCUCUCAUGUUACACCAAACCAUCCAGCACGACCCAGUCACCACGGACCUGCGCACGCAUACAGAACGCUGACCCCCGGGGGGAGGCCCCCUCCGUUUUGUAUCGUCUACACGGGGAAAAGGCUUUAUAUUAAACCAAUGUUUGUUCAGAUUUUUUUA